AUGGCUCUUAAAUCAAGCAGAAAUCAAGAAGAAAGCGACACUGCAGGCGUUGUCGAAGAAAAAGUUGUAAAAGUAAACGGAGAUAUCGCAAUAAGAAGGUACAAUAAAGGCCGAUUUCUCGGAAAAGGAGGAUUUGCCAGAUGCUAUGAGUUCACAAGUCUGGAAACCCGAAAAAUAGCAGCAGCCAAAGUCGUCCCAAAAGCAUCAUUAGCUAAAGCAAGGGCAAAACAAAAAUUAAUGUCAGAAAUAAAAAUCCACCGCUCCUUGCACCAUCCAAAUAUAGUAAGUUUUGAACAUUUCUUCGAAGACAAUGAAAAUGUUUACAUUUUACUAGAGCUCUGUACAAAUCAAACUAUGAACGAACUUCUGAGACGUAGAAAAAGACUUACAGAGCUAGAAGUUCAAUGCUAUUUGAUGCAAAUUAUAUCAGGAAUGAAAUAUCUGCACAGUCACCGAGUUAUCCAUAGAGACUUGAAAUUAGGCAAUUUUUUCCUGUCUGACAAAAUGGAGGUAAAAAUUGGAGAUUUUGGCCUAGCGACUAAGCUGGAGCAUGAUGGGGAAAGGAAAAGGACGAUCUGUGGGACACCGAAUUAUAUUGCGCCAGAAGUUUUGGAUGGGAAGCAAGGGCAUUCUUAUGAAGUUGACGUCUGGAGCUUAGGGGUUGUGGCUUAUACUUACUUACUUACUUACUUUUAUUAGCCCUAGCCUAACGCAGCUCUUAUGAGCUUUUAUUAAUCAAUCUUUAUCUUCAAUUUCACCACCUUAUGCUCCGGUGCUUUAUUGGUUAAUUCAGUAUCUUCCCUUCAGUUCUCAGUGUUCCUAGAUACCAUUCUUCGUAGUCUCCAGUCAUUAUAGAAUCUUCCUCAAGCUCCCAUUUGCUAUUAUCAGCUUCCUCGUCAUCAACUAUCUCAUCUAUUUCAUUUUAGAACUCGCAAUCGUAAAAUGGCGAUAUAUCAUCAAAGUCAGCAUUAUCUAGUUACUUCCUGAUUCUGCACGAUCUUUGGCUGUAAGCAAAAGCAGCUUCCUCUCAGUUUAACACAGCAGAUGUUUUUCUCCUCCAUUUAUACAAAUAAAAAGUGGUUGUGGCUUAUACACUUUUGGUAGGAAAGCCUCCAUUUGAAACUUCUGAUGUAAAAACGACUUAUAGAAGAAUCCGCAUGAAUGCCUAUUCGUUUCCUGACCAUGUACCGCUUAGCGAGCAAAGCAAAAGUCUUAUUACGAGGAUACUGGUUAAUGACCCUUCGAAACGGCCGUCGCUUGAUGAGAUGCUGGAUCAUGAGUUUUUCCAUCAAGGAAAUUCUAUACCUAAGCUGCUUCCUCCGUCUACGCUGGCGUGUCCACCAUCUUCAUCAUUUCUUAGACAAUUUCAACCAGGUGCUACAAAUCCUCAGGUUUCUUCAACUCAGAGGCUGACAGAAACAGCACCAAAUAUUUCAAAGCAGUCUUCGAGGACAUCUAGACCAGAGCUAGUAAACACUGAAAGAAUUUCUAGGGUAAAAGAAGAAACUAAGCAGCUUCCAACGAUAGCGAAUUCUUCACAAGGGAUGGCAAACGCUCCUGAAGUUUGGGUUAAAAAGUGGGUAGAUUAUUCAUCAAAGUACGGUCUAGGCUAUUUGCUAGCUCCCUCCCCUCCAUGAGCGAAAAAAAAAUUAUAUAGCCAUGUUUUAUACGAAAUUUAAAAAUCCAAUUCUCAAAUCAGAAAGCAAAUAUUUAUUUAAUUUAUGUUUUAAAAUGCAAUUUGUUUAAAAAUUGGACAAAAUUAGCUCGAGAUUUCAUUAUACUAAUUAUCAGUUAUAUAUCAAUUUUUUUCUAUAAAUAUUUUUCUAUUAAAAAAUUUUUUCCCUCAGAAGGGUGGCAAAAAAUAGGGAAUUUUCCAAUAAUUUUGUUCACACUCACGGAAGUGUUGGGAGUAAGUAAUGGCUCAACUGGUGUAUUUUUCAAUGACGCCACUAAAGUAAUUUUAGGACCAGCUGGACAUCGUUUUAAUUAUAUGGAAAGAAAAGGACCUGAAAAGCAAGACAUGGUAACAAGUCAUACGCUAACUGAGUAUCCUAAAGAGCUUCAGAAAAAGGUCACUCUAUUGCAACAUUUUAGAAGUUAUUUAAUCCCUCCUCCGUGAGCAAACAAUAACUUUUGUUCACUUACGGAGAGGUAUAUUUUUUAAAAAUUUGAUAAAUAUAAUUCUAUAUAAUUUUUUUAUCAAAAUUUAAAACUAGUAUAAUUUGUAAAAUUUAUGUUUAAAAAUCUAAUUUGUUUAAAAAUUAAACAGAAUUAGCUUAGCUGGAGAUUGCAUUAUAGUAAUAAUCACUUAUAUAUAAACAAAUUUUUAUAAUAAAAAAUUUUUGUUCGCUCAUGGAGGGUGCAAAAAAUAGGGAUUUUUCAUAUGGUUCUGCUCACUCACUAAGAGGGGAAGUUAGAAGGAGACAUAAAACAAGAAACAGGAGUUGAGGAUGAGAAUACAAUGGCAAACCCAGUCUACGUCAAAAAAUGGAUGAGGACUAGGCAUGCGAUUAUGUUCAGACUGUCAAAUAAAAUUGUCCAGGUCAAUUUCCAGGAUCAUACUGAAAUUAUACUGAGUAGCGAAACAAGAGUUGUUACUUAUGUGAAUAAAAAAGGAGAAAGAACUACUUAUCCAUUAGCCACAGCCCAAGAAAGCACAAAUCAUGAGAUGACUAAAAGAUUGAAAUACACCAAAGACAUUCUGACUCAUAUGCUGAACGCUCCAAAUAAGCCAGGUGAAGAGCCACCUCUUGAUUAA